AUGUCGAAUUUGUCAAAGCUUGAGUUUGUGACAGCACUUGAUAUCUCCGGAAAAAAUUACCUCUCAUGGGUGCUCGAUGCUGAAACUCACCUAGAUGCUAAAGGUCUUGGUGCUACUAUUACCCAAGGUAAUGCAGCAUCGAGUCAGGACAAAGCGAAGGAUAUCAUUUUCCUUCGUCAUCAUCUGGAUGAAGGAUUGAAGGUUGAAUAUCUGACGGUGAAAGAUCUACUUGAAUUGUGGACUGGUUUAAGGAAAAGAAUUACUUCCCAAUUAAAAUUAUGUGGAGAAGAUGUAAAAGAUGAGGAUAUGUUGGAAAAGACUCUUACAACUUUUCAUGCCUCAAACUUGGUAUUACAACAGCAAUACCGUGAAAGGGGAUUUAAAAAACAUGCUGAUUUGAUCUCAUGCUUCCUUGUGGCUGAGCAACAUAACACCCUUUUAUUGAAAAAUCAUGAAACCCAUCCCCCUGGAACUGCUCCAUUCCCGGAAGCGAAUGUGGUAGCAGUAAAUGAUCAGUUUCAAACAAGACAAAAUAUAUAG